AUGACUACCUCCGAUUCUGGUAUGAUGCAGGCCGUCGUGUUCCACGGCCCUUACAAGGUCGCCGUGGAGCAACGGCCAAUUCCCAAGGUGCAAAACCCGGAGGAUAUCGUGGUUAAGGUUGGAUAUACUGCGCUCUGUGGAAGUGAACUUCAUAUGUUCCGUGGCGUGGAGCCUGCAGGCACUGGUUUCAUCAUGGGCCACGAGUUUGUAGGAGAGAUUGUUGAGACUGGCAGUGCUAUCAAGACUCUCCAGAAGGGCGACCGAGUGGUCACUGCGUUCACUACUUCUUGCGGGGAGUGUUUCUACUGCAAGCAAGGAUGGUCUUCUCGUUGCGACAAGAAUGGUCUCUUUGGAUGUGACAGCCUGGAUGGCGGUCAGGCCGAAUAUGCGCGUAUUCCAAAUGCCGAAGGCUCCGUCCUGAAGGCUCCCGAGGGAGUGGACGAGAAGUAUCUGGUGCUCAUGGGAGAUAUCUUCCCCACUGGAUGGUUUGCAGCCAAUAACGCAUUCAAAAACUCUACCCCGGAGCAGAUUGCUGAGCAGACGGUCGUGUUGAUCGGCUGUGGACCUGUCGGUCUCUGUGCGCUCAUCAAUGCUCUCGAGUACAAGCCUAAGCACAUUCUGGCAGUUGACUCUGUCCCCUCACGCCUGGAGCUUGCCAAGUCUCUCGGCGCUGAGCCUUGGAACUUCCAGCUGGAUCGUGCUGGUUUAGACAAGCGCGUGCUGGAGUUGACUGAAGGACGGGGUGCCGAUGCGGUGAUCGAGGUUGUCGGAUUGAGUCCUGCUUUGCGCACUGGCUUUGAACUUCUGCGCCCCUUUGGAAUCAUCAGCAGUGUGGGUGUCCACAAUGGAGAGAUCCCCUGGGACGGCAACGAUGCCUAUAACAAGAACUUGACGGUCCAAAUGGGGCGGUGCCCUGUUCGAUCCGUGUCUUCUCAGGCACUGGAAGUGCUCAAGAGGAACCAACAUAAACUUGGCUUCAUGGCCGAUAAGAUUAUGCCGCUGUCACAGGCGGUGGAGGGCUACGAGCUAUUCAACGCGAUGAAGGUACAGAAAGUGAUUUUCCAGGCGGAUCAAUAG